UACCACUUCUUCUUCUUCUUCUUCUUUUUUUUUUUUUUUUUUUUUGCAAUAGAGAUGUUAGCAAACGGAUACUCUAACAGUCGUGUUUUAUCGAAUGGGAGUUGGGUUUAACUAGGGUUAAUUGGAUAAAAUAAUUUGAAAAUUUGUUGAACAUUAACUAAAGCCAAAGAAAUGAGCUAUAAUUUGGUGGUUUUGUGGUGAUAUUAACCAUUAAAACACAAUAAAAAUAAAAACCGUCUACGCAAAUCCAUCUAUAAAUAAUUAAUAACAAAUAACAUAGGUCCCAAAUUAACCCCCUUAUAACAACAAGAAACGAUGGUCAUUCACAAAUGGUGUCUCCACAAUAUGAGGACUCCCUUCUUUCUUACCACUACCACCAUCGUCCUUCUCACAGUAUUAUUUUACGUUUCACCGUUGUUCAUCCUCGCAGUUAUCGGGAUUCUCACUUCAUUUUUGAUAGUACUAUUGGCUCUGGUGUUUGUACCUUACUUGAGAGAAUUGUUGUCAACCGAUCACCGGCCACCCAUCAUCGGACCAAUAACCAAUCAACUCAUACACUUCCAGAAGCUUCACGAUUACAUGACACUAAUGGCGAAAAAGUAUCCCACUUAUCGUCUCAUCACACCUUCACACAGUGAAGUUUAUACAGUUGAUCCUGUUAACACUGAGUACAUUUUGAAGACCAAUUUCGCAAAUUACGGCAAGGGGGAGUACAAUGUUGAUAUCAUGAGUGAUCUUUUUGGAAAUGGGAUUUUUGUUGUGGACGGAGCUAAGUGGAGCCACCAACGAAAGCUUGCAAGCUUAGAGUUCUCAACCAAAGUUUUACGAGAGUUUAGCAGCGUUAUUUUCAAGUCCAAUACUGCUAAACUAGUGAAAAAGAUUUCAUUACUAGCAGCUGCUGAGGAAUCGAUGGAUUUGCAGGAUCUGUUGAUGAGGUCGACUUUAGAUGCGAUGUUUGAGGUGGGAUUUGGAUUUGAACUCGAUACUAUAUCGGGUUCAAAUGAGGCCGGUAAUCGGUUUAUGGAAGCUUUUGAUGCAUCAAAUGGUUUAGUAUAUUGGCGAUUUGUGGAUCUUCUAUGGAAGGUGAAGAGGUAUCUUAAUAUUGGUUCCGAAGCCACUCUCAAAGAAAAAAUCAAAAUUAUCGAUAACUUCGUAUAUGAAUUGAUACGAAACAAGAGAGAACAGAUGAAAAACGAAGAGAGAGAUAAAGAAGAUAUACUGUCGAGAUUUCUGAUGGAAAGUGAAAAGGAUCCAGAAAAUAUGACCGACAAAUAUCUGAGAGAUAUAUCUUUGAGUUUUAUCCUUGCCGGAAAGGAUACAUCUGCAAACACCAUGUCUUGGUUCUUUUAUGUGCUUUGCAAGCAAUCCAGGAUUCAAGAAAAGGUUGCAGAAGAAGUGAAAAUGGCCACCGAAGCCAAUGGCAAUGAUCAUACAUCUACCGAUGAGUUUAAGAUAAAGUUGACCGAAGUUGCUCUUGACAAAAUGCAUUAUCUUCACGCAACCUUAACAGAAACACUCAGACUCUAUCCUGCAAUUCCAUUGAACGGCAAGUGUGCGGAGAAAGACGAUGUUCUACCAGAUGGGUUCAAGAUCAAGAAAGGUGACUAUGUGGGUUAUAUGUCGUAUCCAAUGGGAAGGAUGACCCAAAUUUGGGGACCCGACGCAGAGGAAUUCCGACCCGAAAGAUGGCUCCACAAUGGCGUUUUUCGACCUCAAAGUCCUUUCAAGCUCACCGCUUUUCAGGGUGGGCCAAGGACAUGCUUGGGGAAGGAAUUUGCUUACAGACAAAUGAAGAUUAUUGCGGCUUUUCUUAUUUACUUCUUCAAGUUCAAACUUGUGGAUGAGAGUGAAGAAGCUACUUAUCGAACCAUGUUCACCCUUCACAUGGAUAAAGGACUCCACUUGUAUGCUUUUCCUCGUUUUUAAUCAAACAUUUUCGCUAACUAAAUUUUAUGUUUUGUAGCUGUGUAUUGAAGGCCUCCAUUUGUUGGUUUCAUAUUCUUGUAUGAUGUCUAAA